CGGCGCGGCCGCUCGGCGCCUGGCGAGGGCUGCUUCGCCAGCGAGAGAGGGCGGGUCGGGGUCAGCUGCUGCAGACGGGCAGGCGCACGGAGCUGUGGGCGGCCGCUGCCUCUCCUGCCGCCGCCCUCCCUCCACCAAAAUGCCAGGGAUCGACAAGCUGCCCAUCGAAGAGACGCUGGAGGACAGCCCGCAGACAAGGUCUUUACUGGGUGUAUUUGAAGAAGAUGCUACAGCUAUUUCCAACUAUAUGAACCAGUUGUAUCAAGCUAUGCGUCGGAUUUAUGAUGCACAGAAUGAAUUAAGUGCUGCAACACACCUGACUUCAAAACUUUUAAAAGAAUAUGAAAAACAGCGCUUUCCACUGGGGGGUGAUGAUGAAGUUAUGAGUUCUACUUUGCAGCAGUUUUCAAAAGUUAUAGAUGAGCUUAGCUCUUGUCAUGCAGUACUUUCAACACAGCUUGCUGAUGCCAUGAUGUUCCCCAUUACCCAGUUUAAAGAGAGAGAUCUGAAAGAAAUACUGACAUUAAAGGAAGUGUUUCAGAUUGCUAGUAAUGAUCAUGAUGCUGCGAUUAACCGAUAUAGCAGAUUAUCAAAAAAAAGAGAAAAUGACAAGGUGAAGUAUGAAGUAACAGAAGAUGUCUACACUUCCAGAAAAAAACAACACCAGACCAUGAUGCACUAUUUUUGUGCAUUAAAUACUCUUCAGUACAAAAAGAAAAUAGCACUGUUAGAACCUCUACUUGGGUACAUGCAAGCUCAGAUAAGUUUCUUUAAGAUGGGUUCUGAAAAUCUCAGUGACCAACUGGAAGAAUUCUUAACUAAUAUUGGAACAAGUGUACAGAAUGUUCGCAGGGAAAUGGACAAUGAUGUAGAGACCAUGCAGCAGACUAUAGAGGAUUUGGAAGUAGCCAGUGACCCCUUGUAUUUGCCUGACCCGGAUCCCACAAAAUUUCCUGUCAAUCGUAACUUAACCCGAAAGGCUGGCUAUCUUAAUGCUAGGAAUAAAACAGGCUUGGUGUCAUCUACCUGGGACAGACAGUUUUACUUCACGCAGGGUGGAAACCUAAUGAGUCAGGCCCGAGGGGACGUAGCAGGAGGCCUGGCCAUGGACAUAGACAACUGUUCAGUAAUGGCUGUGGACUGUGAAGACAGGAGAUACUGUUUUCAGAUCACUUCUUUUGAUGGAAAAAAAUCUUCAAUUUUGCAAGCAGAGAGUAAAAAGGACCAUGAAGAGUGGAUCUGUACAAUAAAUAACAUAUCUAAACAAAUAUAUUUAAGUGAAAACCCAGAGGAAAUUGCUGCGCGAGUAAAUCAGUCAGCUUUGGAAGCUGUCACUCCUUCCCCAUCUUUCCAGCAGAGGCACGAGAGCCUGCGGCCAGCAGGACCAUCUCGGCCGCCAACAGCUCGAACCAGCAGUUCAGGAUCCCUAGGAUCUGAGUCCACAAAUUUGGCUGCCCUCUCUCUAGAUUCUCUGGUUGCUCCAGACACUCCAAUACAGUUUGACAUCAUUUCUCCCGUGUGUGAAGAUCAGUCUGGCCAGGCAAAGGCCUUUGGCCAGGGAGGCAGGCGUACAAAUCCAUUUGGAGAAUCUGAAGGAGGUACAAAAUCUGAAACUGAAGAUUCUAUUCUUCAUCAGUUAUUUAUUGUCCGAUUCCUUGGUUCUAUGGAAGUGAAAUCAGAUGACAAUCCAGAUGUUGUUUAUGAAACAAUGCGCCAAAUAUUAGCUGCCCGGGCCAUCCAUAACAUCUUUCGUAUGACAGAAUCACAUUUAUUGGUCACUUGUGAUUGUUUAAAGUUAAUUGAUCCACAGACACAAGUUACAAGGCUCACGUUUCCCUUACCCAGUGUAGUUUUGUAUGCUACACACCAGGAAAAUAAGAGGCUUUUUGGAUUUGUUCUUCGGACAUCAGGGGGGAGAAGUGAAAGUAACCUGUCAUCAGUCUGCUAUAUAUUUGAAUCAAACAAUGAAGGUGAAAAGAUUUGUGAUUCUGUUGGACUGGCAAAACAGAUAGCUUUGCAUGCGGAACUGGAUCGUAGGGCAUCAGAAAAACAAAAAGAAAUAGAGAGAGUAAAAGAGAAGCAACAGAAAGAACUCAGUAAACAAAAACAAAUUGAAAAGGACUUAGAAGAACAAAGUCGGUUGAUAGCUGCUUCCAGUAGACCAAACCAAGCCAGUAGUGAGGGGCAGUUUGUUGUCCUUAGCAGUAGCCAGUCAGAAGAGAGUGAUUUGGGAGAAGAAGGAAAGAAGAGAGAGUCAGAAGCAUAAACUUAUCCCUGCUUUUUUGGUUGAUAUUUACCCCUUUGGAAUUUACUGACAGUUUCUGUGAUGAAAAUGGCACAAGGUAACAGCGAUGUUGAAAUAUUAAGGAGGAGACUAAAGUUUAUAUUUGAUUGGUAGUUUUAACUUCAUUUUUUAAACUAAGAUUGACCUUGAUAACUUAGGUUUGCAUUGAUUUUUUUUUCCUUAAAAGUAAUAUACUAUGCAGUAAAUUCAAAUUCCACAUGUCUGAAAGAAACCUUAGGAAUUACAGUUGCUCAAGCCUUUUUUUCCUUCAAAUUGUGAACUUGUUACCUUGCAUUGUAAUUGUCUAGGACCAUAAGAGAUCAUUUAAUCUUCAGCUUCAGAUAGUCAUGGAUAUGCUCCCUCUCUUUCAUUAGGAACAUUUUGCUGGCAUUGAGGAAGCUUUUUGACUGAAUAGGUUCAAAAUCCUUAUACAGAGAAUUAUACAAGUUUGCAAGUAUUUUAACAAUAUAAAAUGUGCAAUAGAACUUUUACACAAUAAUUAGAACAGAGAUUUUAGACUUUUAAGGUUUCAAGUUGUGGCAGGUGGUACUGUUGAUUUCAGGGUACUUCCUUGAUUGCUCACCCUUCUCUGAUGUACUACACCUGAUGCCAGUGGGAGAGAAGCUUAAGUGUCUUCCGUUCAAGAUGGAUACAGCCCUUGGCAUUUUAUUACGUUUUUAGUUCUCAGGUUGGGACUUGAAUUAUUGCUGCAGAGCAGUAAUGGUUAAAAUAAGAUUUUGGAAUUUAUUAAAAGGGAUUUUUUGUUGUUCAAAUACGUUUUAGACUAGCACUUAACAUGUAAAGAUAUUGUUACAGGAUAAAUACAUUGUAUUUUCUGCAUUGCGUGAAAUAAUUUUUAUUGAAGAUCAAGCAGCAUUUCGAAAGACGUUCUGUAACAAUUAUGUUUCCUGCUUAAAGUAGAUAUUCCCAGAGUUUAGUUUAAAAAAUGUAAUCUUUUAAAUUUCAGACUGAUACCCACAGUAUUUUCAUAAUUCCAUGUUUUUAUAAAAUACUGAUCACCACUUUAUAUCCAUGAAGGCAAAUAAUAUAUGAGAAUAGAAUAAUUUGCACUAAUUAUUGUAAAUAGUUAUACUUUUCCAAUGAGUAAAAGGUCUAUUUCCACGAAAGAUUGAAGAGAAAUUGAGUGCUUGGUAUAGGAGAGUCAACCCAGGAGGAUUUUAGCCUGGUGCCAAGGUUAAAGUGACAUUUCUUUACUGCUUACUUCUAUGUCAAACCUUGAUUUUUUUUCUUUACUUGGAUUUUUAACAUUACUGAUAGAAAUUAUGUUCCUGUGUUUCACAUGUAAAAAUAUAUAUGGACAAGUUAAAUGUAUUGAAUAAAAUAUUUUACAUAUGCAUUAAAAUUUAAGAGAUUAGCCACUAAGACUAACUUUACAAGGGAAAAGUUUUUUGUUAUUUGAUAUACCUUUUUUUCUUAUUAGUUCUGAAUUAGAAAUGGCAUUUGUUUUAGUUCCCAACAGUAUAGUGUUGCUGUUUGACACAAUAUGUACAGUUUUCUGCAGGAAUGAGAUAGAUAAUUAUACUUAGGAUCAUGAUUUUUUUUUAGCCAUGUGCCAAAUGGGAAUAAUUACUUAAGCAUUAUUUUGAAGCCUUAUGUUACCAAAACAUAGAGUAAAAAAGUAGAAAUUUAUGGAAUACUUUUUGAAAAAAUUUGUUUUGUCCUUACUAAAGGGAAUACUUUCACAGUAGUUUGUGUAUCAUUCCCUUUUGUAGAAAUUGAAAUUUUUUCUCUGGUCAGCAUUUAAUUGGUCAUGGCAGGUCCUACUUUUAAGGUGUUUUUGAGAAUUAGUAAGCUUUCUGUGUCGUAAGUCUUUUGUUCAUACUAUUAAGCUGUCACCUUACUUAGUUCAGGUGAAACUUCUUAGCCACCGUGCAAGGAAGGUAGUCGGCAUUAGGAGCAGUUUUACUGGGCUGGUUGGUGCUUUGUGAAGUAGUGAAGUGCUGCCCUUGGCAAGUACUCGGGGUCAAAGUGUAGACUAAAGUUAAGUGUACUGGCAGACCUAGGGAGGCUGGACAGACUUGUAGUUCCUUUUAAGUCAUGUUUUGAUAGGAAUUUCCAUAAUAACACAGUCAUAUCCACGGGUAGGACCAAAGCACAUUCCAAUGCCAAAUAGAAGUCAUGUGCGGGUUUAACAAUUUUAGAUUCAACUUCUGCUCCAUUACUGUAGAACUGUAUGAACUAUUUACUCCAUUCCUGCAGAUAUUUAGGUAUCAACUUUAAUAAACUCCUUUUUGUUUAAAGAAAGCCGCCCAUGGAUUUCUGCAUAACGUUAAAGCUGGUAUUUGUUACCCUUUGAAAUCCCGUCUAGCUUUUGGACGCUUUAGUAGUAACUGAAUUCAAUUUUGGAAUAUCUUUCUCAGAUUCAAACCUACACUUAAUGGUUUUUAGAAAUUAACAAAACUGAUUCUUUAAAAAGAAAGAAAUGAAGUCUGCCUAAUUCUGCUGGGCACUCUUGCUGCCUGUGUCAGCAGUACUUUUGUAACCAUGGUAAUGAAGUCAGUAGAUGGGAAACUAUUCCUUCCCCCUUGUAAAAUUUAGAAAACUUGCUAACAAGGGACUGAAACUGUUCCCUUGAACACAGUCCUCCAAAGCCAGUCGAGUUUUUGCCAUGUCUACAGUGAUUACUUUGUGUUUAGUUUCAGAAGAAUUGUCAGACUCCACAAUCUAGGGGUAGUAAAUUUAUGGUACUUUUAUGCUUGGAAAAAGGAUAGUAGGGUGUGCAUAACAUCCUACAUAACAUAUAAUCUUAUGCGGUAAAGGCAUCUGAGUUAAUUUUGAGUUAUAUAUAGGAACUGCAAGUAUUUAUGAUUUCAAUCUUAUUAUACAUACUGACUGACCCUAAGAGCCUGUGUUUUGCAAAACCUGCCACCAAAUUAAUAAAGUGAAACUAUUAACAUUGGUUUUGAUAACAAUGUCCUAGCACUCAAACUACUUUAAAUAUUCAAACAGACUGAUUGUAGCAAGCAAUCCUUUGCUUUUAUUUUUAGCAAGUUUGGCUUACUCUUCGUUCAUGAGGUUUUUUUCUUCCACAUUAGUUAGUAAUACAUAAAAAUUUGAAACUGGAACUAUAUUAUACUUUUUAAUUAAUCUCUCGUGGCUGUACUCAUAUGUAAUUUACUUAGGUUAAUAAGAGAACUGGGGAUUAAGUUAAUAGCUAAUGUGCAGAACCGCUUUGUAUAUUUGGUGAUUUUGUAAUGUAAGUGAAUUGGUUAAUUCUUAUUUCACUGAUACUGUAUUAAUCAUGCAUAUACAAUUAAAAAUUAUGCUACAUUUCCCUUUAAAAUUGGAUUUGAAGAACUCAAUUUUAUGUAAUGGUGGUAUACAUGUGGAGUGGAGAACUUAUUUUUUCAUUUUGUCAAAAUUGGUAUUCCUGACAAGGCUUCAGGAAAUAUGCUGUUAGGAGAUUUUUAAUGUAUAAUAAAAAGUCCAUGAUUUUUGUAUAAUCUUUUUUGUAUGAAAUAUUUGAUAUAUACUGUGAAUUAUUUCUCCAAGUAAUUUCAAAUGAUGCUUAUAAAACAAUUGGACUUUCUUAGUUUGUUAUGACAGUUAUUACACAUCUAACCCCACUGCAAUUUCAUAAUAGCUAAAAUGAAAAGUCAGUUACUGAGAAGUAAUACUAAUUCAUCACUAGUGACUUUUUUCCCCAGAAAAAUUAAGAGAUUUUUCAGUAAUUACCCUAGAGACUUUUCAGUUACCCUAGACAUGUUAACAGAUAGUGUAUACUUGCUAUGUUUGGUCCUAUUCAAAGUAAUUUCUGUGAUUUAAAGGGCCAGGCUGUUGUGUACACCUGAGCCUAUAGUUUUAAUAAUAAUGCAUAUUCAUUCCAUGUGCUCUUUAUUAUUUCCUACAACACUUACCAGGUUCUUAUCUUCUACUGGCAGUUUGUUUUAAUUUGUUUUGAAUUUUAUAAAAUGUAUACAAUUGUAGACGGUCCAGGGAGCGGAUAAAAUUAACUUCAGCAUUCUGUAAUUUAUCUAAGUGCAUGUACAUCCUAUAUUUGUAUAUUGACGUACAUAUAAUCCACCACUCACUUAUAAACAGACACCACAAUUUGAUUUAAAAAAAAUAAAAACUGUUCAUGCCA